AUUUUUGUUUAAACAAUUAUUAUUUGCUUACGUGGUGGAAUCUACCGCCAGCUGUCUGUCCACAGGAUUAAGAAUACAAACAAUUUAUAUGACUUGGUGUAUUUAUCUGAAAAAAGAAUGUCUGUACCGUCAUCAGUUCUAUUUGGACAUUCUUACCGAGAUGGACAGUAAAAUGAGUGUUAAUGGUCAUUUUCCAAUGGUUAUUAAAAAACGUCCAAAACGUCGAAACAGAAAAAUACAAUAUAAUGAAGAAAACAGGAUAAUGAACAAAAGGGGCCGUCUCAACGUCUACCUAUAUAAAAUUCCAGAAAAAUCAAUUCGUUACGUCAGAGAUUUAUGGAACACUUUAGUGAAUAUGCGUUGGCGGUGGCUAAUGCUCACGGUUUCUCUAAUUAACGUAAUAGCUUAUUUCUCAUUCGCAGAACUGUUCUUGCUUGACGCUUGGGUAAGCGGAGACUUCAACAGUUUACCUUCUGAGCCAAAAUGCAUCAACGGAGUUCACAACUUUACCAGCUUUUUUAUGCUUGGAAUAGAAACAAUAACAACUACGGGAUAUGGGUACUUUCAUCCCACAGAAUACUGCUACUUAGUUUGGCUUAUACUGACGUGUAGUACUCUAGUCACCAUAUUUAUUGACGGUGCUUUCAUAUCAGUUGUGUAUGUGAAAAUGAGCAGGCCAGCAAUAAGAAUCAACCAUACAAUGUUCAGCAAAAAGGCUGUGAUAAGUUUGCGCAACGGGAAACUAUGUCUCAUUUUCCGAAUAAACGACAGUACAGGCAAACACUGGAUAGGAAGUCAAGUCAGACUAUUUCUGAUCACACAAAAGGUUUCUGUGGAAGGAGAACUUCUUCCCAAUUAUAUAAACGAACUCAAAUUAGUUCCUCACGGUAUAUUAUUCUGGCCACUAGAGAUCAUCCAUGAAAUUGAUUCAGAGAGCCCAUUGUGGAAUAUUUCAGCUCAAAAUCUCAUGCUAACAAAAUUCGAGUUAGUGGCUACAUUAACUGGAAAUUCCGUUCUUACAGGGCAAACUUCCAAAAGCCAGACAUCGUAUCUGAAUGACGAAAUCCAAUGGGGCUACUGGUUUUCUCCUUGUUUAAGUUACAACUACGUAAAAAAUGAGUAUACAGUUAAUAAGAAAAAGUUUGAUACAACUGUCCUGUUGGACACUCCUUUAUGUAGUGCACGUCAUCUAAGUAAGGUAGAGAAAGAAAUUUCCAAAAAAAGUUUGUCAUUAAAUUGUCUACAUUUGGUACAUAACCCUGAGAUAAAUAUCCACGAACGAUGAAAGGAAAAGGUUUAUGUUAGUGCAAUUUCCGGAAUAAUGCGACAAAAUAUUUUGACAGGUAGUUGAAUGAAAACGAUGGCAGCAUCCUGGAAACGCAAUGAAAUAAUUGUAACGUUUUCAGACGAAAACAUGCUUUGCGAACAUUUCAAAGCAACUGACAAAAUGCAAUUAAUCAAUUCGUAGUAGGUUAUUGUACAUAUAAACUACCAAUUUAAGAGGGCUU